AUGCCGUCUUUUGAGUCGUGCUUCUCCUGUGGAAUGUCUGGCCAUUGGUCCAGAAAUUGCCCCUACUCCUUUGGUUCCAACACCUACUCACGUUACCGAAAUCAGGCAAGACCCACACCAGCCGUCCCUUUCACCGGGCAGAGACCUCCAUUCCCAUCAUGGCACGCCCCAUCCUACCAGUUCCAGAGAGCAUUGCCCCAAACAGGCAACCAGGGAAUUCCCCGACAGGGUCUUUUGAUACCGCCAGUACCAGCACCGCCUCAACAUUGCCAAAGGCACAGUAAAGACAAUAUUCGCAAUAAGUUCGAUGACGUUCUGAAGAUAGUCCGAAACCACCCAUUUUGGCUCGAUUUCCCCCUCAAUUUCCAAGCCCAGAAAGAAAUAAUGCUGCUAGAUGUAAUCUUUGCUAAAUCCGAGGGUACGGUUAUGGCUUAUUUCUAUAAAUGUCGUCAAUUUUUGUCCUGGUUAGAAUUGCAAGGUAUUCCUCCGGUGCUCCCCUUUUCUGAACAAGUGUUAGCAAUUUACCUGUCACAUAUAAAAUCACAUUCAAACUCUGAUAGUGCUUUGAUUUCUACUGCUGCUUCAUUGAGAUGGUUACAUUCAUUGGUUAACGUCAAAAGUAACCCGCUUGAUGCACCCAUCAUUCAACAUGUGAUAGUCAGCGGUAGGCGGGAACUACAUCAUCCGCCCGCACAAAAACAGCCAAUUUCCCUUAGCCAAGUCAAAGCCAUUGUCGACCUUUUCGCGGGUCCUGAUGCCUCGCUUUUAGAUCUUAGAUCUGCCUGCUAUGUCUCCCUCAAAUAUGCUCUUCUUUUUCCUCACAAUGAGAUGGCAGGUAUGAAGGCUACCCACUUAUCUGAAUUGCCAAACAAUAAGGGUAUUUCAAUCUUUAUCCCAAAAUCAAAAACUAUUUUCUCUCAAAUUUGA